CGCGUCCCCGGGCGGCAGCGGCCGGCCCCCCCCGCGCACAGCCGCAGACACCGCAUGCGGCCGGGGAUUAUCGCGGGCGAGGGCAGCGUGGGGUCGGUCUUUAUCCGCCCCGUGUCGCGCCGCGCUGCCGCUCCGGCACAGGAGCGAUGGCUCUGCCGCCGCUCUGCCAGCCCCGGCCCGCUCCGUACUUGGGGGGCGGUAAUGUGGAGCCGGGAAUGUAGAGCCAAGCCCUCCCCGGGAAGGAGGGACCAAAACAAACGUCUCGUCGUGGCUCCGGCGGCCGCGCAGUGCCCGGGGAAGCCCGAGUGGCCGCUGCCAGCGCCGGGGAAUCCCUCCCGCGGCCCCUGGCCGUGCCGGGGCUGCCCGCCCAGCCAGCUUCAGGGAUGGACCUGUCUGUCUGAAGAGAACUCUGCCCAAAUAUUUGUAGUCUCCAAGCUCGCUCCCUCGAAGACUCUGGUGUUAGAGCUGCUUCUUUUCCAGAAUGGCUGAGAAGGCUCCACCAGGGGUCAACAAAAAGUCUUCAAGAUCUACCCUUUCUCUGCCUCCGGAACCAGUGGAGAUCAUUAGGAGCAAAGCCUGUUCGCGGAGAGUGAAAAUAAACGUGGGUGGGCUCAACCAUGAGGUGCUGUGGAGGACUUUGGACCGGCUGCCAAGGACACGCUUAGGGAAGCUGCGAGACUGCAAUACUCACGAGUCCCUGCUGGAGGUCUGUGAUGACUACAACCUACAGGAAAAUGAGUAUUUCUUUGAUCGACACCCAGGGGCUUUUACUUCCAUUUUGAAUUUCUACAGGACAGGGAAACUACAUAUGAUGGAAGAAAUGUGUGCUCUUUCCUUUGGUCAGGAGCUUGAUUACUGGGGGAUUGAUGAGAUAUAUUUAGAAUCUUGCUGCCAGGCACGAUACCAUCAAAAGAAAGAGCAAAUGAAUGAGGAGCUGAGGAGAGAGGCAGAGACAAUGCGAGAGAGAGAAGGGGAAGAGUUUGAUAACAGCUGCUGCCCUGAGAAAAGGAAGAAGCUUUGGGACUUGCUGGAGAAACCCAACUCAUCCGUGGCAGCAAAGAUUUUGGCCAUUGUGUCCAUUCUGUUCAUCGUACUGUCCACUAUCGCUUUGUCUCUCAACACCCUGCCAGAGCUGCAAGAAAUAGAUGAAUUUGGGCAGCCAAACGACAACCCUCAGCUAGCACACGUUGAAGCUGUCUGCAUUGCUUGGUUUACCAUGGAGUACCUUUUGCGUUUCCUGUCCUCACCCAAUAAGUGGAAGUUCUUCAAAGGCCCCUUAAAUGUCAUUGACUUGCUGGCUAUCUUGCCAUACUACGUCACCAUCUUCCUCACCGAGUCCAACAAGAGUGUCCUGCAGUUCCAAAACGUCAGGCGUGUGGUGCAGAUAUUCCGUAUUAUGAGGAUCCUAAGGAUUCUGAAGCUGGCCAGGCAUUCCACAGGCCUUCAGUCGCUAGGGUUCACGCUCAGGCGCAGUUACAAUGAGCUGGGCUUGCUGAUACUGUUCUUAGCCAUGGGAAUAAUGAUAUUUUCUAGCCUUGUGUUCUUUGCUGAGAAGGAUGAGGACGCUACGAAAUUUACCAGUAUCCCUGCGUCAUUUUGGUGGGCAACAAUCACUAUGACUACCGUAGGAUACGGUGACAUUUAUCCUAAGACCUUACUAGGUAAAAUAGUUGGAGGGCUUUGCUGUAUCGCUGGAGUGCUGGUCAUAGCCCUGCCUAUACCAAUUAUUGUGAACAACUUCUCAGAGUUUUAUAAGGAGCAGAAGAGACAGGAGAAGGCAAUUAAGAGGCGAGAAGCACUGGAGCGAGCUAAAAGAAAUGGCAGCAUUGUCUCCAUGAACCUGAAAGAUGCCUUUGCUCGCAGUAUGGAAAUGAUCGACGUAGCAGUGGAUUCAGGGAAGCCAGGAGAAACAGCCAACUCAAAGGAGACAACUGAUGACAACCACCUGUCCCCAAGCCGGUGGAAAUGGGCCAGAAGGACAAUGUCUGAAACAAGCUCAAACAAGUCUUAUGAGAACAAAUACCAAGAGGUUAGUCAACAAGACUCCCACGAGCAAUUGAACAAUGCUGCAGCGUCCUCCAGCCCACAGCACCUCAGUGCCCAAAAACUGGAGAUGUUGUAUAAUGAAAUUACUAAGACUCAGUCUCAGCCUAACCUUAAUGCUGGUUAUCAAGACCAGUCAGCAAAGCCACCUGCGUAUGAAGAAGAAAUAGAGAUGGAAGAAGUUACAGGUCAGAGAGAUACGUUGCCAGCUGGACCCAUGGACAUCAUAACGGACAUGAGGAGCACAUCCAGCAUCGACAGCUUUGCCAGCUGUGUGACCGACUUCACGGAAACAGAGAGGUCUCCCCUUUCUCUGUUCCCUGGUUCUCACUUGCAAAUGAGAUUUCCAGGUGAUUCUGUUAACCUGGAAGACAACCAAAGAGUAAGAAGUUCUCAGUUUAUACCCUUCACAAAAGACAGAAUGUUUUCUCCAACCGAUGUCACCUUCGACUAUAACCCCAUGGAGAGAGCUGUGUUCAGUGAUGGCAGUGGAUCCCAAAUGGUUUUGCACGGUCACCUGCAUUUCGACACUGCCACGGAAAGCCCCAAAAGUUCCCUGAAAGGUAGCAACCCAUUAAAAUCUAGAUCUCUUAAAGUUAAUUUUAAAGACAAUAGAGGUGGUGCUCCACAAACUCCACCCAGCACUGCAAGGCCACUGCCAGUGACGGCAGGAGCAGACUUCACCCAGGCUACCCCGCAGCACAUCAGCACCAUCCUCCUAGAAGAAAAUUCACCCCAAGGUGAACGACCUUUACUCGGUGCUGACGCAUCAGCACUUUGUCAGGGACCUGCUAAAAAAUCCUCCCCUCUCUUUCCCAAACAAAAGAUUUUCACUUUCCCUUCAAAGGAGAGGAGGAGCUUCACCGAAAUAGACACUGGAGAAGAAGAAGAGUUUAUGGACCUACACGGCAUAAAACACGAAAAGCAGCAGGACAUCAAGACAAACUGCUGUGGGGAUAAACACAGCGAUGGCAACCGUUUAGCAGAGGAGCCACAGGUCAGCUCUUCACCCAAAAGCAUGAGCCACAACUGUACCCAAGACAUUUACCAUGCUGUGGGUGAGGUAAAGCCAGAGGGUAACCAAGAAGGUCACAAAAUGGAAAACCAUUUAUUUGCCCCAGAUAUUCAUUCAGGUCCAGGAGAAACUGGUUACUGUCCCACACGUGAAACUAGCAUGUGACUAGUUACAAAAGCAAUAAAAAUCCCCACCCCCCCCUUUUUGGUUUUUUUUUCUUAACCAAUUAGCAAUGCCUCUGAACUAAAAACAUGGAAAGCCUCAAAAAGAGAAAAAAGGAAAAAGAAGUGCAUAAAAUGCUAUUUUUGCAUGGCAUGGAGAGAUUAAUUAGUUUAAAUACUGUUUCACUAAAAAAAAAGACUGCUUUUUGUAACAAACUGGGGAAUAAAAGGGAGGGGGGAGGGGAAAUUCCUCAAGAAGAGUGAAUCAAAUAAAAAGAGCUCUGUUAGGAGCAACAUCUGACAUUUUUGAUCCUUUCACUUCUGGUUGUAGAAAGAGAUUUUUUUUAACUGUUUUGAC